ACUGCAACGUGUCCCGUGCACUUCUCUUCAGGCAGACGGCAUGGAGAACUGCAAAAAUGGUUGUGAGACUGGGAAACCUGGCUGUGAUGAUCAUGUGCCUGGUGCCUUCAAGGCAUCAGAUUUGACCAUUGAACUCACAGACUCUCCAAAAGAAAAGCCUGAUCCAAGCAAGCUGGUGUUCGGCACAGUCUUCAGCGAUCACAUGCUGACAGUUGAGUGGUCUGCAGAGAAGGGAUGGCAAACACCGGCGAUCAAACCUCUACAGAACUUGAGCUUACACCCAGCAUGCAGUGUGUUUAACUAUGCCAUAGAGCUUUUUGAAGGAUUCAAAGCAUAUCGGGGAGAAGAUGGCAAGAUCCGAUUGUUUCGACCACAGCUAAACAUGGAGAGGAUGUUACGAUCGGCGAAAAGACUGACUCUACCUCUUUUUGAUACGAAUGAACUUUUGGAAUGCAUCAAGAAGCUGAUAGAUGUGGAUAGAGAAUGGGUGCCAAAAUCCACGGAAGCUAGCCUCUAUGUCCGGCCCGUAUUCAUAGGAACUGAGGCCUCUCUGGGAGUUAAGAGAUCUUCCAAAGCUUUACUGUACGUCAUUAUGAGCCCAGUUGGACCUUACUUUUCCAGUGGAGCUUUUAAUCCAAUCUCGUUAUGGGCAGACCCCAAAUAUGUCCGAGCCUGGAAAGGUGGAACCGGCGACAGCAAACUCGGAGGGAAUUACGGAAACGCCCUCUUUGCUCAGUACGAGGCUCAGGCUUACGAUUGUCAGCAGGUUCUCUGGCUGUACGGUGAAGAUGAACAGCUCACAGAAGUUGGAAUAAUGAAUCUCUUCCUCUUCUGGAAAAAUGAAAAUGGCGAUCUGGAAUUGGUGACUCCACCACUAGAUGGCAUCAUUCUCGCAGGUGUCAACAGGCGCAGUAUUUUAGAUCUGGCUCUUAAAUGGGGGGAGUUUAAGGUGUCCGAGCGACAUAUAACUAUGGUGGAUCUAUUGAAAGCCCUGAAGGAGGAUCGUGUCAAGGAGAUGUUUGGUUCUGGAACGGCUUGUGUUGUGUGCCCAGUUGGAAAGAUACUGUACAAGAACGAGAACUUGGAAAUCCCAACCAUGGGGAAUAAACUGGCUGGCCGCGUCUUGAAGGAGCUGACCGAUAUCCAGUAUGGAAGGACACCAAGUGAGUGGGAGGUGCUCGUGGGGGAUUCCUAACACGUCACUCAGGAUGUGAGGCGGAGAUCCACCCUCAGUCUGGAGUCUCCGAUCUUAAUAGUUAAACAGUUGAUGUUUAUUGGUUAGAAAUCCCAUUCUCAGAAUCUGUCAUGUGAAAUGUCACAAUAUGUCGUUAUCCCUGUGUGCCAAACAUCUCUCCUGCACUUCUUCUAGCACAAGAUGACAUUCUUGGUCGACACUUUUUUUUUUAAAUCUGGUGAAUCAGGAAUUUUACAGGUUAAGAUUUACUGAACACCUGGAAACUGUGAUCCCAUUAUGCUGGAGCCAAAGAAGGGGAGAUUUAUCAAAACUGGUGUAAAGGAAAACUGAAAAAUGAUAAGGUUGAAUCUGGUUGGUUGCUAUGGGUAAUUAAGCCAGUUUUCCUUUACACCAGUUUUGUUACAUCUUCCCAUUGAGUUUUUUUUAUUUAACUGCAAAGAACGUGCAAGCAGCUUAACAAUUUUAUCUGUAACAAAAAUUAAAGGCUUUGACAUCUU